GAACUCCAACCACGAACAAGCCUUUCGGACCUCCUGGUGCGGCACCAAAUCUACGGAUCUACGUUCUUUCCUUAGGUCUGGCUGAUCAGGUAAAAUCUGGAAUGCGAACACGACUUCCGUGCAUCAGUUGGAUGUUCGGCCAACCCGACUCCUGGGACACAUUUCCAUUACCAUUUACGGUCCCCGCUAGCUCACGAAAAACUCUCACCAUCCACGGUCCCCGCUGGUUCUUAGAGUGAACUCUCACCAUCCACGGUUUUCGUUGAUUCACAGAGUAAAUUUUCACCUUCCAUAGGUACUGUUGGCUCCGUGAGUGUAUUUACCUGAAAUUGAACCCCGAUGCUCCUUCUUACGUCCUUAAUUUUUAUUUUGAUAAGAUGCAUGGUAGAUUGUAGAUUCUAAAUAUUGAGUCUCACAAUAUUUCUUAUGAGUCUAAAUAUUAACAAAAUAUCCUGUGAUAAGUGGAUUCAAAUUCCGCUCAUUAAACUGCUACUCAUAAGUAUUUCUUAAAGAAAAAUUUUAUAUGGACAUCAUUAAGUAUUUUAAUUUUCUCAUUUUCAUUAAAUAUUUUAUUAGAUUUUAUUUUCUUCAAAUGCUUUGAAAGAACAAAAUAUGCAUAAAGAAAAAUGUUGUUCUAAUAUUAAUUAUUUCUUUCUUUAUCGAGUGUUAAUUGAGAAUGAAAAAAAAAAAAAAACAUUCUAAAAAAUCAUACAACAAAAAAUACUAAAAAAAAACCUAUCUUACAAUACCAGAAAUUUCCACUUUUACGAGUUCCUGAAUAAUUAGUACAUACAACUCAAAAUCUUACAUCUUUGCCUGUUUAUUGUGUCAUAUUACAACUAUUACGAUUUAUGAUAAAUAAUAAAAUUAUAAAUAUUUUUAUUUUUAUUAUUUUUCAUCCAUUUUUUACAUAGUAACACAAAUUUUAAGUUUCAAUUUAAAAUAUUAGUUGGGUAUCAAUAAUCUAUUAACUUAAAAUAAUUUAAAGAACAAACUUUUGCCCAUGAAUAAUAUAUUUAUAUUUCAUUUAAAUAAUAAAAAUAAAGAAUUAAUUUUAUAAAAAUUCAAAAUAAAUAUAUUGCAUGUGUUCCUCAAAAUGAUUUCUUAAUAAGUGUUUUUACAACUUUUUAUUACUACUAAAAAGGCCUUGCGUGAGCACCAAGGCAAAUGUUAUAUGAUCCUUCCUCCUUCCAAGGGCUGACGGAGCGAGUACGGUCGCCGCCUCUACCGACGCGCGUAUGGAAAUAUAAACCUUCAUGCAAGACGGCACGUGGACAGUCACUUUUCACGUGCCCGUUGGAAUUUUGGCGGGUGCGUGCGUUGGGCCGUCAAGAAAAUUUUCGGCAGGGAUGGCAUUUUGGUCAUUGUAAACCCUAGGGUUAGGGUUUUUGCCUUCUCAAUUUGCUCCGGUCCACCACCGAUCCUUCCGCCUCGACUGCUCUCUCUCUCUCUCUCUCUCUCUCUCUCUCUCUACUGUUCGCGUCUUUUCUUUAUUUAGCUUUAGCCACCUUGCCACUGUCUAUCUCUGUCUCUCUCUCUGUUCAGUAGCUUUCUUUCUCAACAUUUUUUUUUCUUUGCAUUCUUCCUUCCUCGCAAUUUGAUUAGUGUUUCCGCUCUGCCUCUGGUAUACUGAACCAGUAGCGCUUCUGGGUUUUGAAUAUCUGCUCUCUUUCCUUGAAUGGUACCUUCUCUUUCCCCUGAAUUCUGCUAGAUCUCUCUCUCUCUCUCUCUCUCUCCGUUUCCCGGGUUUCGGGUAUCAAGGCGGUUUUGAUCAGUUGCUCUAUUGCUCUGUUUCAGUCCCACUUUUGUCCGAAGUCCCCGAUUAGGAGGACUUCAGAGUCACGAUCGCAGAUCAUCUGUUCUAUCUUACCGAAUACCCGUAUCCGAUCCCUCUAUGUGUGAUCUAUCUUGUAAUAAUUUUGGAAGAGCAAUGGGUGUGAGCCAGAAGGAAUCAUUGUCCGUAGACGGGAAAGAGAGAGAGAAAUGCUGUGCCGAUUGCAAGACCACGAAGACUCCCCUGUGGAGGGGCGGCCCAGCUGGACCCAAGUCUCUAUGUAACGCUUGCGGGAUCAGGUACAGGAAGAGGAGGAGUUCUAUGGUGGGGUUGAACAAGGGAACAGAGAAGAAGAAAGAGAGAUCGCCAGCUAACACUACUGCUUCUGCCGCCGCCGCUGUUUCCGGUGAAGAAAAUGGUCUCAGCGAGUCUCUGAAGAUGAGAUUGAUGGCUUUGGGCAACGAGAUGUUGAUGCAGAGAUCGUCAUUUUCAUCGCCGGUGAAGAGGCAGAGGAGUAGGAGAAAGCUGAGGGAGGAAGAACGAGCUGCUGUUGUGUUGAUGGCUCUCUCCUGCGGCUCUGUUUUUGCCUAAAUGGAAAUAGAAAUAUGGUCUAGGAGGGGUUUAAGGGUUUUCCACUUUUGGGUUUUUCACCAGUGAAACCUUGAUCAGAGCAUGGCUUUUAGCAGCUAAACCCUGGCCAGCGUAGUUCUUAGAAACCCCUUUUUUCCCAAAUUGGACACUCAUGAUGCGAAUUUUUUUGUUUUGGUAUUUUGGGUUUGGGAUUUUGUUUUUUGGGCGAGGAGAAAUGGUAAUGGGAAGAGCUUAGAAGGAAUGGGGUGAGAAAGGGUUCCUUGCUUUUUGCCUAUAAGUUUUGGUAUCGCAAGGUGAAAGUUCUAAAUCAUGAUGUACAUACUUUCAUUACUAAUGAUGUCAUGCCCUAAUCAAGAAUUAGAUCAUCUUUCCAUUU